AUGUCGUCGAUCGCACGAUGCAUGUUACUUUGCUGCCUUUGCUGCCUCUCCUGGGCAGCAAAGGUCGAAAAGACGCUGCGCUUCACCUGGGACAAGGGCGCGCCCAAUGGACAAUCGCGGGAGAUGAUCUACACGAAUGGGCAAUUUCCCGGGCCUAGUCUCCUACUCGAUGAGGAUGACGAUGUGGAAAUUACCGUGCACAAUGACAUGAAUCGAAACGCGACGGUUCACUGGCAUGGCCUUGCUCAAGAAGGCACACCGUGGGCUGACGGCGUCAUGGGACUGUCACAGAAGCCCAUCUUGCCAGGAGAGUCCUUUGUGUACAAGUUCAAAGCCUCGCCGGCCGGAACCCAUUGGUACCAUUCUCACGAGCGCAUGUCUCUGGUUGACGGCCUUCAUGGCGCCAUGUUCAUAAAACCAAAGCAAAACAUGAAAGAAUUAUGGUCCAAGAUUAGCCAGGACCCAGAGGAUAUCGAGGCAAUGGACAAGGCAGCGGCUAAUCCACAGCUAAUGGUGUUGUCGGACUGGAGCCGUCUCACAUCUGACGAGUAUUGGAGAGUGAUUGAAGAGUCAAAGAUAUUAAUUUUAUGUUUCCCUAUACAAGCGGAGGGAAUUCAGGGCCCCUGGGUCAACGAAAGCCUCCCCGAGAAAAUACCAGAUCACAUGCAAUGGGGUUGCGUUCCUUCCCAAGGGUCAAACUAUACAGUCCAAGUCGACGCGGCAGACGGCUGGGUCAGCAUGAACUUUAUCGCGGCGGCGGCGAACAAGCAAGUCGACUUCUCCAUCGACGAGCACCCCAUGUGGAUUUACGAAAUCGACGGCAACUACGUCGAGCCUAGACAGAUUGUGGCAGCGGCCAUUACGGCCGGUGAGCGCUACUCUGUGCUGGUCAAGUUGGACAAGCCCCCCGGCAGCUACACCAUCCGACUGCCAGACUCUGGCGCAACACAGGUCAUCUCGGGCUUUGCCAACAUGGUGUACAAAGGUGCAGAAGAGGUCGUGCCAGAAACCCGCCCGUACGUCACGUACGGGGGUCUGAAUGCGCGCGAGGACACCGCGACGCGAAGCUACACGCCAUAUAACAUCAGCUCGGACAACAUGCCGCCAUGGCCUGCGAAUGCGCCAGCCGCCACGGCCGACGAGGAGUUUCUUCUCGUCAUGGGCCGGGCCGGAGCGCCGCAUCUAUACACCAUGAACACAAAGUACUUGUACCCUAUGGACUUCAAGGCCGACCGCCCGCUGCUCUUCUAUCCGAACCAGACGCUAGGAACCGAAGACGACAACCUCGUCGUGCGCACCAAGAACGGCUCCUGGGUGGACUUGAUUCUCCAGGUGGCCGUGCUGCCCGGCGACGGCAUGGCGUUCGAGCACAUCAUGCACAAGCACGGCAGCAAGACGUGGAGGAUCGGCAACGGCGCCGGCAUGUGGAACUACAGCAGUGUUGCCGAAGCCAUCGCCGCCGAGCCCGAGAGCUUCAACCUCAAAGACCCGGGGUACAGGGACACCUGGAUGACAAUGUUCUCCCCCGUCCCGGCCGGCGGGUACUGGAGCGUCUUUCGGUACCAGGUCACCAACCCGGGGCCUUGGCUGUUCCAUUGUCAUUUUGAGCUGCACGCCAUGGGCGGCAUGUCCAUCGCGCUGCUGGACGGAGUCGACGUGUGGCCCGAGGUGCCGGCCGAGUAUGCCAUUGAGAAGAGUCACUCGCUUACCGUGACAACAGACACGGUGCAGAAGCCUCUGUAUGUCAAGAUUUGGGAGUAUGUAAAGGGGAUGCUUGGGUUCCUGCCUGUUUCCGAUGAAAUGCGUCGCUGA